AAGAGGAGAUAUGAGCAGGGGAUGGAUGUUGACGAAAGCAAUGACGAAGAAGUAAAAAAAAAAAAGGAAGACAGCAGAGGAAAGUACUUUUAAUUUAAGUCACAAGUUGUCAUGAGAGGGUCGGUUGGUUUUUUAGGAGGGAAGUGCGCCCUUGUCUCGGUGGUGCGUUCACUGUCCUGCGGAUCCACAGUUCGUGCAGGGGCUCUUCAGGCUCGGCUCAGUUAAAAUGGAUUUACCGGAGUUUCUAACGAGUCCGUAUGGGAGUCUGUGUUAGAUCUGCGGUUCAUACGAGUCGACAGCUCAACAUUACCAGAGGCUGUAAACACACCACACCACUUGUGUUCCUGUUCUGAGACUGAAUCCAACCAUGGCAGACACAAGGACUUUCAACGUUGUGAUCCUGGGUGUGGGAUUCCUGUUCAUUUUCACCGCCUUCACCACUUGUGGGAAUAUUGAACAAACAGUGGUGAAAAGCCUGGAGAAUGGCACUUUCACUGGGAGUGGAUACCACAGUCUUGGAAUCAUCUAUGGCAUCUUCUCCUUCUCAAAUUUACUUGCACCAGCAGUUGUUACAGUAUUAGGACCAAAGAUUUCCAUGUUUAUCAGUGGCCUUCUCUACAGUGGGUACAUCGCUGUGUUCAUCAUCCCCUCAACAUGGUCCUUUUACUUCACUUCUGUACUCAUUGGCAUAGGAGCAGCAUUGCUGUGGACGGCUCAAGGACAGUUUCUCGUGGAAAACUCAGAAGCCUCCACCAUCAACAGGAACACUGGGAUGUUCUGGGCUCUGUUACAGUGCAGCAUGUUGUUUGGGAAUCUUUACAUUUACUUUGACUGGAAUGGAAGAGCAGAGAUAUCAGACAGCAGCAGGAAAAACAUCUUCCUGUCCCUGUUGGUCACCUCUAUACUCGGCACGCUCAGCUUCCUGGUGUUGAGGAGGAGCCAUCACGAAGAGGAGAUGCUCUCUGAAGAGGAAGGGCGCCUGCUGCUUUCGACACACGCGAUGUAUAAGCACAGAGCCAGCAGUGCCAUGCAAGAUGCCAAGUCAGAAUUCAAGACAAUUCUGCAACUUCUGAAGACUAAAACUAUACUGCUCCUGAGUCCCUGCAUGGCAUACAGCGGCCUCGAGCUAUCUUUCUACAGCGGCGUGUACGGGACGUGUAUUGGAGCAACCACACAGUUUGGACUUGCAGCGAAAGGCUUGAUUGGGAUCUCUGGGAUCGUGGUGGGCAUCGGAGAAAUAGUGGGUGGAGGCUUGUUUGGUUUGCUGUGUAAGAACAACCGCUUCAGACGGACCUCUGUGGUGUUUCUGGCAAUGGUCGUCCACUUUGUCGCUUUCUAUUUGAUCUUCCUCAACAUCCCAGAUGACGCCCCCGUUGUCUUUAAGACCACGACCCAAAAGAACCCAUAUCUAACACCAAGUGUGGCCAUUGCCCUGCUGUGCAGCUUCCUGCUCGGACUCGGGGACAGUUGUUUCAACACGCAGCUCUACAGCAUAUUAGGCUGUGUUUAUGCUGAACAAAGCACGCCUGCUUUCGCUAUCUUCAAAUUCAUCCAGUCCGUUUUCGCAGCCGUGGCGUUUUUCUACAGCGGCUACGUGCUACUGAUGUGGCAGCUCCUGCUGAUGGUCAUCCUGGGCUUCGCCGGAACGCUCAGCUUCUUCGUGGUGGAGCGGAUGCAGAACAUCUCCUUAGACUUGCAGGAAUAUUAGAAAAGAAGACAUUGUUUGAAAUCAACGUUUUAGACAUCUUGGUGGGCGGGACUGAAGUCACCAGAAAAAAAAACAAUCCUGCAUGUUUUAUUUCAAGAGGUUAUUUUAAAAUCUCCUUUUACCAUAAUGCACUGAGGAUAAAUAUUCACACAAGAAUAUUUUAAAAUGAUGCCACAACUGAACCGAGUUGCCUUAGGACAAGCUUUGAAUAGUGCUGCAUGGUUUUUGUACCUUGCACAUUUUCUCUCUUAAUUUCCGACACUACAUAGUGUAAUUGCUAAUUCACACUAUUUUUCCUACUGCACUUGAUCUUACUGUAGGGUGGGUAAAAGAACCACUCACGUACAGUAGCUCUUAUCUGCUUCCAGCUCAGGUCCGUUUUUAAAUGCAGUGUCAUUGCUGAGAAUAUUUAUGCAUUGGUUUAUAGCUUGUCAGAAUUGACAGAUUGAAUAAGAAUUGAUUAUCUAUAAAUAUUGUUCCUGUCAUUAUUUCUCAGAAAAAAAAAGUUAACUAACUAAUGCCUGACAAUCACUGUUCUCAAGGUUUUUUUUGUAAA